AUGGAAGCUAAACGCAUCAAUGCCACCGACGCUGGCCGUCCGGUUUCCUCCGAGCACAGCCUCGGACAGGGUGAGUACAGGCUGACCCCCUCGUCGUCGACCAGCUUUGUGGCCAACCACGUGGACUUUCGGUGUCCUGAUGCUGACGUCCGCCGCAAGACCGAGGGCACGCGAAGAGUGCAGUGGAUCGUAGACAUACAGCGAAAGGCCCACGAGGUCUACAUGCAAGCCGCCCACUCGCACACGCAGCUGGCUAAGAGCCGGACGCGGCGCCUGCCGAUCGACGGCGACGAGGACGAGUUGGGCGACGAGGCGACCAACGUCGGCGAUCUGCUCGACCAGCUGGCCGCCUGCAUGGUCUCGGACCGGGGCCAAGGCCAAGGUAUGGACUGGCGCCAGCCGGGCCAGCUGGAAGCAUUUCUGGGCAAGUGCCUCGAGAGUUGGCAAGCACAUGGCGCCAUCCUAGAAAUACACGCGCAGCUUCAGGAACACCUGCAGGACUCGCUUCGCGCCAUCGGCUGCCUGAAGCGUCACCUCAAGCAGACAGAGGAGGACAACGAGCUGCUCCGAUGGUACGCCGUGCAGCUCAGAGACGGCGCUGGCACCUCGGGACUAACCACUCCCGUUUCCCUCGCGUCCUCGUCAACGACAGCCAACAUCCUCCAAGAGGCCAGGGAGGCGGCAGCGAGGGCAGCCGCAAUACAGGCUGCAGACGUGGCAGAGACUGCACAGGUGUUAUUCCUCAUGGGGAAGAAAUGGCGAUAUGGUGUCAUUAUUGACGCCGGUUCCUCGGGCAGUCGGGUGCAUGUGUAUCGCUGGAUCGACCACCUCCGGGCGACAAAGGACGCGACGACAGACGAGCUGCACAGCCUGCCGAAGAUCAAGACGAAGUGGACUAAGAAGAUCCGACCGGGGAUCUCGACGUUUGGCGACAAGGCCAGCACGGUUGGUGCCGACCACCUGAAGGGGCUCAUCGACUAUGCCCUCGACGUGGUCCCAGCCGAGAUGGUUGCGGACACGCCCAUCUUCCUGAUGGCGACAGCCGGCAUGCGGUUCCUCCCACAGCAGCAGCAGAACGCGGUUCUGCGCGAGUCGUGUGCAUACCUGCGACAGAACACGCAGUUCUCGCUUCCCGACUGCACGCAGAACAUACAGGUGAUCUCGGGCGAGACGGAGGGACUGUUUGGAUGGAUCGCGGCGAACUACCUUCUCGGCGGCUUCGACCACCCCGAGCAGCACGCACACGGCCAGGACCACCACACGUACGGGUUCCUGGACAUGGGUGGCGCGUCGGCGCAGAUCGCCUUUGCGCCCAACAGCACGGAGGCGGCACAACACGCAGACGACCUAAAGCUGGUGCGUCUGCGCACACUUGAUGGCCGGCUGGCGGAGCACCGGGUGUUCACGGCCACAUGGCUCGGAUUUGGGGUCAACAAGGCUCGAGAGUCCUACGUGGCAGAGCUUGUGCGGCAGAGCAGCAGUGCCGAGGGCGAUAUCUCGGACCCGUGCAUGCCCAAGGGAUUGCAGACGACGCUCGAGGGGCCGACGCUGGUGGGCGCCGGCGACUUUGCCGGCUGUCUCACGGCGACGAAGCCGCUGCUGGCCCAGGACAAGACGUGUGGCGAUGGGUCGCACCCGUGUCUGAUUCACGACUCGGUGCCGAGUAUCGACUUCAACGUCAACCACUUUAUCGGGGUGUCGGAGUAUUACCACUCGACGCACGGCUUCUUUGGCGAGAAGGGAGACCAGGCAUACGACUUCAGCACGUACCAGCACAACGUGCUCGAGUUCUGUGACCAGGACUGGAGCCAGAUCCAGACGGACAUCGAGGAGAAGCAGAAGCAGAAGCAGUCGGACACGACACGAACGCUGCAAGACGCACAGCAGGCGUGUUUCAAGGCAUCGUGGGUGAUCAACGUGCUGCACGAGGGCAUCGGGAUUCCGCGGGUGGGACUGGAGAAGCUGCCGGGGAUCAACGUAUCGCACGAGGCGCUGGAGGGAGCCAAAGAGCAGGGGUUUGCGACACCAUUCCGGCCGGUGGACAAGAUCGACAGCGUGGAGGUCAGCUGGACGCUGGGCCGGAUGCUGCUGUAUGCGGCCGGACAAGUGCAGCCGUACAAGGGGGACGGCAAGGAGGAUCUGGCGGUAGGCUUUGGAAGCAACGUGCAGGACGACAGCACGCCGGCGGACUUUUCGUAUGCGGGCUCAACGUGGGAGCGGCCUCAGGCUGGAGGCAGCCUGGCCGACACAACACAGAAGCGGUCGGUGUCGCCGGGGCUGGUGGUGUUUGUGCUGGUGGUGGCUGUUGUGGUGUCUCUGCUGCGGAAGAAGGAGAAGCGGACACGGCUGUCGAGCUGGUUCGGAUCGUGGACGCGGCGGCCACGAGGACCAGGAGGGCGGUUGUUGUCGAGUCUGGCGGGCAAGCUGUUCGGCCAACGACAAUCGCGAGAUUACGAGCGGGUUUUGGAGGAAGGUGGCAUGGAGCAGCUGGAGCUGGGCGAGCUGGAGGCAGACGAGAGCGAGAUCUCAGACGGUAGCGAUGGGUCGGGACCGGGAUCGGGAAGAUCACAGCUGGCACGGACAUCAGGGCUGGCGACACCACGGAUCGGCGUGGACGGGUUCGAGGACGUGCGGAUGUUCUCAGGGCUGGACCGAAGUGGACUGGUGGUGAGGACGGAGAGCCGUGAGAGGUUGGUGCCGAAGAGUCGGGCAGGCAGUCCAACACGGCUGAAGAGCCCAAUGAUGGCGGCGCUGCACGAAGACUAG